AGCGAAUGGGAACGUUUGCCGAUAAAAUGACAUGUCAUGAUCGCCAAAUACGUCGUGAAUUUUCUCACGGUUGUGUCGAGAUCUUGAUCCGAGCGCACCUGGUGUAGUCCUCGUCGUUGUAUUAGUGGCACCUAGAGCUGUGUAUUGUGUCGGCGUUUGGCCUGAAAAUGAAAUAUGAUCUCGCAAACUCAUUUGUCGUUUGAUCCUUUGAAGCCGGUCAUUCUACGUGGGGGUCCCGAAGAAGAUGUCCAAUCAGUUUUCUCUGGCAAUGUUGUCUUGUCAUUACCAAAACCGACAAAGAUCUCAAGUGUUAGUGUGACCUUUAAAUCUACAGCGACCACUUACUGGCCUGAAGGCAUUGGCAUUCGUGGCACUCGGCUAACCUCUGAAAAAGUGUUGAGUGAAGAGAACGUGCAAGUCUUGACAAAGACCGAGGAUGAACAGUCGACAAAGUUGCCUGCAGGCACCCAUCGCUUUCCUUUCGUUUUCCUCGUUCCUAACUCCGUCGUCGAAACCAUUGAAGACAUGUAUGGUCGCGUGCGACACACCGUUGAGGCACGAGUCACCCGCCCAGGAAUCCAGCUUCUUAACUCGUGGCACGUCUCCAAGCACGUUUUGAUUCUACGAACGUACAUGUCCAAUUCGCUAUUGACCAAUAAUUCGGUGCAAGAUCUCUCGCGAACGCUCGAGAAGCGCAUUACCGCGGCGGACAUCCAAGUCGUCAUAGAACAAGCGGCCUUUUCGCCAGGCGAGGCAUUUAGUAUCCGCACGGUAGUCCAACCGCAACGCAAGCACGUGCGGAUUGAGAGCAUGGACCUGGUUGUGAGCGAGCUCAACCGUUACCUCGAGCUCGAAAUGCGAGCACAACGCAAUGGCCACGAAAAGUUUUCAUUCGAGUUCCGCGCUUCGACUGCACUGGAAAUACCAGAAGAUACCACGGAAGCGCUACAUUCGUUGUUUGACAAACACAAUGGCGCGCGGCCUAUCAAGUUAGACGACACAUUUGCUCACCGACUCACGUUUGCUACGCCGACAUGCCACCAGAACCUUCACCACACCACCACACAUUACAAAGAGAUCCAGUUCCGUCACUAUCUUACCGUUACAAUGACCAUAUCCUCGCCUGAUGACGGCGGCACCACAACACCUCCAUUGGCCGAAUCCUUAUCCUCGUCGACCGUUUCUUCAUCGUCCUCCUCUCCUGUAUCGACACCUCCUGCCUCGACUGCAGACAUGUCGAUGAUGCUGGAUGCUGCAGCAAUAGGAGGAAGUGCCGCCGGCUGGCACAAUGUCCUAUCCAAGUUUCGCGUGAGUCGAAACAAGAACAAAGAAAAGAACCGCGUCUACGAUACGAUUGUGUUUGAGGUGCCCAUCAGCGUGUUCGAUUGCCGCCUCAAGGAAGACUUUGGCCGACUCCCCUCUUAUUUUGAUUUGGGCUCGGUGCCUCGCAAUAUACCCAAAAAGCCAAAACAUAAGCACAGCAAGGAGAAGGCCGUGCUGGCGAGUGAACGUGGAAUGCCCGAAAUCGACAAGCCUCAUAUACCACCCCACACGUUCCUUUGCUCAUGCUAUCACGACUUUGCCCUGCAAAUGCAAUAUGCUUCCCAAGCUCCCUUUUUAGUAACCACCACGCUCGAGCAUGAACAUCAGCAGCUUGAGCGCAUACCAUCGCGACCGCCUCCAGAAUACGCCUAAGCAUUUAUAAUCAUACUAACCGUAAUAUAUACUAGU